AAAACAAAUUCAAAACGCGUUGUUUGCGCAAACCUCUGUACAAAAUACAAAACACACUCGAGAUAUGAUGGGAAAGAAAUUAUUUAUUGGUGGGAUUAUGAUGAUCAUGAUGAGCAUGAUGAUCGUUGCUGUAGUGAGCGAGACCACAGCUAUUGCUAGCUCAGCCAUUGAAAUUUACACCCAAAUGGAUAAUGCUGAAAAAUCCGCUGUUACUAGCACCACUGUUGCUGUCAAUAAUACUCAAACUGCCAUUUCUCUUUAUAAUUAUCAAUAUCUCACAGUCAAUAGUCUUCCUGGUUAUGCUUGGAAUUACUAUUAUGUUGACUUGAAUGCCAACUCUUAUGUUUCCAUUUCACAUGCCAGUAGAAGUGGUGGUUCUAUGGAAAUUUUGAUGAAUCACUAUGAUCGUCCAACUAUUUACUCCUACAGCAAGAAGAAUUAUCUCUACACUUAUCAAUCUACUUUGACCAGUGACCCAAAGAGCUAUUAUAACAGACUUUACAUUGCUGUCAGAAAUACUAAUUCUUAUGCCAGUAAUGGUUACACUUUGAGCGUUAGAAUUUAUACCAAUACUGUCACUCCAACCCCUACACCAACCACCACCACUAUUUAUAGAACUAACUAUGGUUUGACUCUUGGAAUGGGUGUUCCUGCUUUGGUUAUUACUCUCAUUCUCUUCUUUGUUGUCCUUUCUCAAAUUAAGAAGAUUAAGCUCUUGACCUCAAGAAUUGAACAACUCGAAAAGAAGUUGCAAUACAACAUGCAACCACUCUCUGAACAAGAAAUGCCUGUCAUGAUGAAUAUUCCACUCAUGUCUGCCAAUACUUUACAACAAGAUCAUGAAGAAAUUCAACAAGUUCCACAAACUCAACCAAUUGUUCAACCUCCAACUAUCAAUGCUGUUCCAGAACAACAACCAACUACUCUUCCACAUUUCUUCCCACAAUUUGUUCAACAACAACAAUUGCCACCUCAAUUCAGAAAUGCUCAACCUUAUCCAUUCAUGUAUCCACCACAAGUUGUUUUUGCUCAACAACCACAAGUUCAACCUGUUAUUGCUCAACAACAAACUACUGGUAGUGAAUUUCAGGAUGGAAAACAGAGCUCUUCCUACUCUUCACUUCACUCCUUUCCUCCAACAAAGAGAAGAAGUGCAGCAGCCAAUCCCUUAUUGUUGAAUAAUAGCACUGGCAAUGCCAAAUCGUAUCCCUUAUUACCUGCAGUUGGUACGAGAGUGUCGACAGCUUCUUCAUCGAAACGAUCGGCUGCUCUUCAUCAAUCAGCUAAUCAAUUGAAUUCUAAUAAGCCAAGUGAUGAAUGCUAUGGUGCUUCUUCGAUACAUUUGCCAACUCUAAAUAGCAAUUCAUCAUCAGCGAUGAAUAUGAUGAAUAUUAACAACACAGCAGCCUCAAUAGGUACUUCUUCUACAAAUAAUAACAACAAUAUUAACAGUAUGAUUAAUAAUACUGUUUCCACUGAUGAAAUGUAUCACAACCUCCUCACCAAGUCCUCCUCUAAGAAUUCCCUCCACAACAUGAUGAUGAUGAAUGCAAUGAGCAAUGUAUCAGCUUCAUCAACUUCAUCAUCACCUACCUCCUCCUCAAUAACAAUCUAUUCAACGCCCAAUCAACACUCCUCUCCUAAGUGGUCCAAUACUUCAAAACCUCAUCAUCAUCAACCACGAAAUCAUCCAUCCAAUAAUUCCCACUCUUACAUAUCGACGCCUCCAGAGGAUUCCUUGCUUAAUCAUCCAAUUACGCCAAAAGUUAAAUCGCCACAAUUCAAUUUACAGAACAAUUUCUCCAAUAGUCCAAUAAUAUCAAAUCAUUCAACAUCGUCGAGUAAUAAUGAUCAGAAUGAUGAAACAGGUUCUAUUAAAUCGAAUUCAACAGCUUCGACACCCUCCUCAGUGUCAAAUUCUCCAAGAAGAGGUGUUUCAUUGCUGCAAGUGGCUGAACAAAUUCAUCCCUUACAAGACUUAAUUUCAGUUCCACGAUUAACUCAAUCAAGAUCAUUGGGAAUACUUGAAGAAUAUUUACCAGUAACAUCAAGUACUAGUUCAGGUCAGUUACAAUCAUUGAAUCCUCCUAAUAGUUGUAAUGGAAGCACAUCUGCUCGAAGGAGUAAGAAAACUUCUACUCCCACACUUAAGGAUAUUCAAGAUAUGUGCUACAACUCUGAGAACCUUUCACAACAAAUCGAUAUGGAAGAGGAAAAGAAGAGAAAGCUUGCAGCUCACAAGAAACGAACUGAAUUGGCAGAACCGUAUCGAGUUGGCACCACAGCCAACAAAACAAGAGAACCUCGUUAUGGAGAUACUCUUUCCUCUCAGCAAGCUAAUAGAAGAAACCAAUCUCGUUCGUCUUUAAGAAAAGGUCCAGACUCUGAUCAAUUGAAGUGUGAAUUGACCAAUUCACCAACAGGACUUGAUGCAAUCCUCUUGAAUUCCUCCAGAACUCUCACCAACUUUGGUAAUGAAGCUGUUGCCAUUUAUGUGACAUGCCCAACAUGUGCACCUGAAAUUAAAACACCAGCCAAGAGUAUUGCUAAGGAAAAGAAGAGAAGAGUCUUAAUGUUGCACCAGAAACAUUCGGAGAGAAAGAACAAUCAACAUCAGCAGACGAGGAGAUCUCAUUCGGUGAUUGGAAUUGUUCAUCAUUGA